AUGGCAGACGGACAGGCUGAGACUGAUUGUAGCGUCCACGCCGACGUUUCCGACGUUUCGCAAGAUAAAAGUUACCAGGUACUUGCUUUCUUUUCAGUUUGUCAUAAAAUUUGAAGUUUUCCCUCUUUUAGCGCAAAAGAAUACCAGCUUACACUACCGAAGAUCGCGAGGGCAUUCUGAGCUUGCUGGCGGAGCACGCGAAAAGAGAAAAACGUCCCAUCGCUUUGACGCCGAUUUGGGUGGAAUAUAUCAAAAAGAACGGAUCAAUGCGCGCUCCUGCUAGUGUGAAUUGGCAUUUCCGACAUUCUAUAGCACCCAAGCUCCACCUGAUGACUCAGUUUGACGAGGAAACGCGAGUUCUGAUGUUUAUCGCCACGACGACUCCGAUUGCUGAGAAGUUUCUGAAAGAGUUGAGAGAUAACGAAAUCGUGGAGGUGGACGAGAACGGAUUCAUCACAAAAUAUAGGGAUAUUGAACUGAGCGAUGUACAUUCGAAGUCAAUGAUCAACAUUUACACAUCGAAAGAAACUGAUCAAAUUCUAAAGUUUAUCGAGGAAAAGGCAAAGGCGAUGCAGACCUGGCUGCCAGCGACGGAUUUGUGGAAAGAGUGCGCGGAAGAGAGUGGAGUGAAGAGAUCUGCGUUGUCCGUUGCAAACCGCUUCAGAAUAACCAUUCUGCCGAAAAUUUAUAUUAAAGCUGAAUAUGACACGGAGUUAAAAGUGAAAAUACUGUUCAUCACCCGAAGCCCGGUCGACACAUCGUUUCUGAAAGCGCUGAAAGAGACGGCAGAAGUGCGAGUGGACGGAAAGGGACGGAUUUCGAUGUACAAAGGAAAUGGAUUGACCUUGCUGACUGAGAAAAAAGCGAGUGGAUUGGCGAGAAAACGAUCGCAGCACGAAGAAAACGGUCAGGGAACAAAUUCGGGAAUCAGGGACAGAAUACGUCGAGCUGAGAAUUAUGAGGAAAAAGAAGAAAUCCCAAAAAACACUGGAGACAAGGAAAAUCUUCUGAAGACGACGAAAGACGAGGGAAAAGAGGAGGAGCCGGUAGAUCAAAAGACGAUGAUCGGUGGCAUGGAAAUGUUCAUGGAUUCGCUAAAGGGAAUGUUCGAGAAGCAGACGCUGAUCAUGGAGAGACUUCUGAACAAGGAGGAGUCGACGGCGAGCAAGCGAAAGUUCCUGCAGUCGAUGCGAACGCUCAUUCUCACGAUGAAUGAUCCGGAGCUGGGCGGAGCCCUGCAGAGAGUCGACGAUGCGCUUCAGAAGCUGGGAAACCGGGAUGAGGUGGGUGAAAACAUGAAAAGACGGAAUAAACAUGCGGCUUUUCAGAGAAUCCCGAUGCGCUCGAUUCGUUCGGCGUUGGAGCCAGUGCUGAAGCAGUUUUAA